AUUCCUAAUUUUUUUAUGAUCUUUUCGUGCAUUCCAGGGUUUUCGUCAUCUGGUACAGUCCUGACAAAAUUGGGAAGUGAAUUGAGGCAUUCUGGGAGCAAUGGCCAAUUUUAGCAACAUGUAAAUUGAAGCCAACCCCACCCGGAGCGCACUAGUUCUUUUUCAAAGAAGAUAAUGAAUAAUACUGUAAUCUUUGAGAAUGACACCUGUGAAAACAUUGAUGACUUCAAAAAAUAUACCUACCUACCAGUGUACAUCAUCACAUUUGUUUUAGGAUUUUGUGAAAAUGUCUUCUGUUUGUAUGUAUUCCUGAAGUUGUACAAGAGGAAGACUGCAUUCAGCAUUGUCAUGGCGAACCUUGCAAUUGCAGAUCUACUCUUUCUUUGCACGUUGCCUUUGCGUGCCCUAUAUUAUUUGCAAGGCGGCAUCUGGAACCUUCCACAUUCCUUAUGCACAUUCAUGUCUUAUACAAUGUACCUCAAUAUGUACUGUAGCAUCUACUUUCUAACUCUAAUGAGCAUCUUGCGUUACUUUGCUGUAGUGCAUCCACUCAAUUGUUUGAAGUACAGGAGUACCAAGAUGGUUCUGAUUGUGUGCAUUUUCAUAUGGGUAUUUUUGGGCAUAUUGGCCAGUCCUUUACUAAAGGAUGACAGUAUCACCAAGGAAAAUAAUACAACAUGUUAUCCCGAGGAUAACGAUAAUAUUAAAAUAUACAACAUGAAUUUAAUUUCACUGACAAUGGGUUGUAUUAUACCCUUCUUUAUUAUCACCAUCUGCUACAUUUUUGUUGUUAAAACUUUGCUAACCUCAAAGACAGAGCAUGAAAAGCAAAAUAAUUCCCGCAGAAAGGCUAUUAUAAUGAUUAUCAUCGUCAUGGUCAUAUUUCUGGCUAAUUUUCUACCCUAUCAUAUUUUGCGGACUGUCCACAUUCACAUUAGGACCCCGCACAACAAAAACACAACCCAUGAUAAUUGUUUAAUUCAGAAAACUGUGGUGGUUACUCUAUGUGGUAUAGCAAUCAAUACCUGUUUGGAUCCCCUUUUAUAUUACUUUGGAGCAGAGUCCUUCAGGAAUAAACUUAGAAACCCGAGUACACUGAAUAGGCAAAUCUGAUUUUCUCCUAUAAUUAAUUAAUUGAAAGUCUGACAUAGUGUGUGGGAUUUCUCCUUAUUCUACCAUAGAAAGCCAAGGAUCAAUUUCAUUGUACUCUGUUACUGACUUGAAACAAUUUAUUUUAAUGUACAGUCAUGGUAGUUCUGUAGUCAAUGUACAGUCAUGGUAACUUAUCAUUGAAUCUCAUUCCGGCAAUAUAAUUCCAGACUAACAGGUUACUUAAGUUAUUUUUAACUUUU